AUGUUGAUUGAUCGAGUGACAGAAAAAAGCGAUUCAAAUGAAAAACAAGUUUUGGAUAUAGAAAACAAUUCUCAAGAGCAUAAAAUACGUAAUGAGCUAAUCGAACUAAGAAAAACAAAAUACCGCAGCACAGACAAAGCAAAUAAUCUAACCACUCGUGAUUUAGUAAUUCUAUAUGAAAAUAUGGAACUCCAUGACGCAAGCGAGAUAAAUAAUAAAGCACCUAAUCAGCACGUAGAAACUGUUGUAUACAAUGACGAUUCGGAUUCUGAUGUAUCCGAUGUGAGUGAAAUUUAUAGUAAUGAAGAUAUAGGUAACGUUUUCAUGGUUAAUAAUGAAAGGAUAGACCUUUUAAAUAGCAUACCUUCAUUUGAAACAACACUAUGCCAUAAGUAUGGAAAUAUGGACAUGGAGACAGCUAAUUUAGCUGGUGAAUUUGAUAAAAAUCUUCUUUUUAAUGAUCCAUAUCUCAAUGAACAGUUGAACAUUCACGCAUUGUCUCACUGUAAAUACUCUGAUAGUACAGUCAUUCCUGCAUCAUUAUUAGAUUACAUCUGUUGUAAACGCUUAGAAGAUAAUUAUAAUUUUUACAUGGAUAAUAUAAUCAAAUAUGUUCAGCACACUAUAGAGCAGUUGAAACGUAUAAGCAACGGGGACUAUUUAACAGACAGAGCUAAAGAAAAAUGGCGAGGGGUAAAUAAUAAUCAGAAGACAGAUGACUAUAAAAACACGGCCCUAAUGAGUUGCGCCAAUAUUCCAGUACUAGUUGAAGGCAAAGUAAGUGGACAAAAGAGUACGUGGGAUGAUAUAGUACAUUCUGAAAUGGACGUUAGGUGUUUAACAAAAAUACUAGAGAAGAAGAUUAUUGUUGAAGUGCCAAAAUUACUCUGUGGCACCUAUAAACUAUUCAGCAGAUGUUGUAACGAUAAUCUUAUUAUAAGUUGUAAAAAAGAUAAACAACUUACUAAGUUUAAAAAUAAGGAUGACUCGCGUGUGAAUGUCUUGUUAAAAUUAAAGCGCUCAAAUUCUGGUAAAGUAACUACAAAUAUAAAUUCAGUAAUGGUUCUGAAAACAAUGCCUUGCGAUAAACUGAAAUCAGAUUCAUGUUCAAAUAAUAUGGCAGUACAUAUAAUGGAAAUAACACCGGGAAAAGAACACAAGGUUAUAGAAAUAGAGAACGACCUAAAUGAUAUUCAUGUAAAACAAUCUACAUCUAAAAAUAGCUUAAGAAGUUUUCAACAGCCUUUUAAAGAAAAUUAUGAAUCUCAAAACAAAUAUGAUCCUGACGACAAUAAUGAAUCUCAUCUUACUACGUUAGCAGAUUCGAGCUUGAAUCUAAUAACUCCUGAUGAACUCAGAUAUACUAUUCGGCGGUUAAAUGUUCAGUCUCCUGUAUUAGAGGAAAGUGAGGACACGUCUACAAAAAAGAAAAGGUCUCCUACUCGUGUAAGAAUUAAAUCACCAUACGAAAAUAGAUCCCACGUUAUUGAGGAAAAGAAGCGAAAGAAACUUUUAGAAAUCAGGGAGAGACGUGAAAGAAGAAAAAUUGCGAUGAAUGAGAGCCAUAAAAUUACUAAAGCUAAAUAUGGCAGAGGUGCAAUCAUGGCUCAGUCGUCCAAUUCCGUGACAAAAUUAUCCAUUACAAAUAAAUCUUUUUAUAACUCUAUAUAUGGCCAAACAUUAAAUAUAGACAAUAAAAAUUUCAAGAAAAACCUUAAGAGGCAGAAAAGAGAUAAUGUUCCUUCAAUUGACUUCGAUUAUGAUGAAGAAUAUAAGAAAGACACUAUACUAACACCGGACAAAAAUAGCCAAAAAUAUAUUAAUAGAAGUUACUACUUGGAUGAUGCAGAUACUGAGGUUAUGUAUUUGCAAAAAAAAUCGGACGGUAUUCAAGACGAAACAAAGGAGGCUGCUACUCCAUCUACGUCAACUUUAUCUAACGACUUUAACAAUUUAAAUAUUUUAAAACGAUUAAUUACUAAUACAUCUACAACGGACAUGAGCUACACAGAUACAACAUCAAGCUUACAUCAAAACAUCACGCUAGAAGUAAAUGAAGAAAAUACAAAUGAAAUUCUGAAUUCAACGCAAAGUACUACAGUAGUGGUUCCGACUAAUACGCCUAAACAAGAUGAAUACAAGGUAAAAAACUAUAAGAAAAUCGUUACUAUUGAAUGUCGAAAAAGCAUUGACAAGAUAUAUGAUUUGAUGACGAAAAAGUGCGACACAGAAACAAAUAAUGAUAUAUAUAAUGAAAGCCAAAUUGAAGAUAAUUUUACAGAUGUUGCAAUUGGAAAAGAGAGUUUUAUAACGCAAGGCAGUGAUAGUGGAACUAGCAUUAAACAUGAACUGACAUCCUCAAGUCCCAGUUUUUUCAGUUUUGACAAAACGAAUACUAUGAAUCAUAUUCCAAACAAAACAUCAAAAAGAAACUCUGCUAAGAUCACCAGGGUUACUCCUAAAGUUAUAAUAAAUUCAAAAACACAGGCAAAUGAAUCGGAUAUCAUAAUGAAAAAAGAUGCUAAAAAAAAUGAUACCAACAAAAUUAUUGAUAAUCCUUUAAAAGCAAUUUCUCAAUUACUACAUGAUAUCGAUAAUGUUCAGAAGACAAGACAUAAAAAUGAUAAAGAAUUAAAGUCGUCUCAAAAACAUGAAAGCUUAAACUCAGAAAAGAAAAACAACUCUCGACCACUUACUUAUAAAAAACAAUGCAGAAAUGAUAAUGAAUUAAAUACACCACGACACCUAGUACAAAAAGAAAAAAGACUUCAAAAUUUAACUAACGAGACUAUUAAGUUGUCUCCGCGAUUAUCUACAGAAAAACCUGCUAAUAGAUUUAAUAGAAAAAAGGUGAAAGAUAUCAUAGACGAGGUGAAAGAAUUAAAAGGUGAAGCAGUACGAGGACCUUCAAAAAGAUCAAGACUAGAUAGCUUAGCCCAACCCAAAAAAUUAUAUGUUAAAGCUCACCACGAGGAAUAUCAGAAUAGACAUGGGAAGCAUUAUCUUACUGAAAGACAGAAAUUAACAACAAAUCAACUAUCGAAUAGAGAAAAACUUUCACCAACUAUUGUAAACCGACAAAAAACAGCUACGGAAGUAUCGACAGUAUCAACCAAGCAAACAAUUCCCGGUCCUUCAUUAGGUGUG